AUGGCCCAAGCAGGCAGAAAUUCCACGUUGUCUAAUCAGAACGGUGUGGGAGAUCACGUCCAAAGUGACAAAGAUAUUACUUCCAUCAAGAGCGGCCAUCGACCGAAUGACAACGUCAACCUACAGAACAAGGAUAAAUCUGUAAUCCGACCCAUUCUCAAAGAGACAUUCGAUCGAAUUGACACCCUGAUCGCCCUUGACAAAACACUUGGUCCCAAUGACCCAAAGACUAAACAGGCGAUCAAGGCAGUCGAGGAAAGCCUCAAGGCCUGGAAAAACGAAAUGGGUCUCGAGGAGCGCUUCCGGGCGACGAUGAAACCGAUGUCUAAACUCGCGGCAAAGCCAAGUGCGGAGCAUCUCACUUGGCUCAGAAUGUCCAUGAUCUUGUCUGCGAGGAAAUCAAGCAACCGGGACCACCUGGAGAAUUGUCGGCGAAGGUUGAAAGUCUACAGAGUGCAACUGAGUCAGAAAUCGGCACUUUUUGUAUCUAGGAACCAGCCUCAGAGUUAUUGGGGAAAGGAAAGGUAUAUCGUGUCUCCCUUGAAGAAGAAGUAA